AGUUGCCCCCUGGUCUCAGUUCCUUUACGUGUAAUAGCGAAGGGGUUAUAAAUGACCUCCAAGGCCUUUUCCAGUCCUGACUUCAGGGAAUGCACUUCCGGUAGCAGGAGGAAGGACGAAAAGGAAGAGGAAAGGGCGGUACGGAGGAGGUGCUGCGCGUCGUCGAGGUGGCACCGGCGACUCCGCCCCGGCGCUCUCCCAGGGCCCCUACCUUUCCGCUAAACCCGGCGGAAAUGAGCUGCGGCUCCGGGCGGGUGGCGGAGCCCCGAGAGCUGGGCGGGAGCGCCGCAGGCUGGUACCAGACCGCGCCCCGUCCCGCCCCAGCGCCGCGGAUCUGCGGGCGGGCGGUUACAGUGACCCAGCCCCACGGCCCUUAGUCCCCGCGCGCCACGCCCCCUGCCCGCCCGCCUGUCCGGAGGCACGCCCCCUCCCGCCUCUCCAGGUCGACCCCCUCGGGGGCCCAGGCGGGGCCCAAAUUUCUGCCAGCAUCGCCGCCAUCGUCUGUGCUGCGUCCCUAGCUCUGAGAAGGACAGGCCUCGCACCAGGACCCCCAUCGACUUCUGAGGUGCCAGGAUGGUGGGGGAACUCCGCUACAGGGAAUUCAGAGUGCCCCUGGGGCCUGGCUUGCAUGCCUACCCAGAUGAACUCAUCCGCCAGCGGGUGGGCCAGGAUGGGCGUCCUGAGUACCAGAUCCGCUGGCUCAUCCUCAGGCGUGGGGACGAUGGAGAAGGGGGCUCUAGCCAAGUGGACUGCAAGGCUGAGCACAUCCUGUUGUGGAUGUCCAACGACGAGAUCUAUGCCAAUUGCCACAAGAUGCUGGGCGAGGAUGGCCAGGUCAUCGGGCCUUCCCAGGAGAUUGCAGGGGAGGCUGGGGCCCUAGACAAAUCUGUGCUGGGGGAGAUGGAAACUGACGUGAAGUCUCUGAUCCAGAGGGCCCUUAGGCAGCUGGAGGAGUGUGUGGGCACCAUCCCUCCUGCUCCUCUGCUUCACACUGUCCAUGUACUCAGCGCCUAUGCCAGCAUCGAGCCCCUCACUGGGGUAUUCAAAGACCCAAGGGUCCUGGACUUGCUCAUGCACAUGUUGAGUAGUCCUGAUUAUCAGAUUCGCUGGAGUGCAGGCCGGAUGAUACAAGCCCUGGCCUCCCAUGAUGCCGGGACCCGGACCCAGAUCCUUCUGUCACUGAGUCAGCAAGAGGCCAUUGAGAAACACCUGGAUUUUGACAGUCGCUGUGCUCUGCUGGCUCUGUUUGCACAGGCCACACUCUCUGAACACCCCAUGUCUUUUGAGGGCAUUCAGCUGCCACAGGUUCCAGGAAGGCUGCUCUUCUCUCUGGUGAAGCACUAUUUGCAUGUUACCUCCCUCCUGGAUCAGCUGAAUGACAGUGCUGCAGAAGCAGGAGCCCAGAAUAACUCUGCUCCUGAGGAACUGAGUGGGGAGAGGGGUCGGCUGGAGCUGGAGUUCAGCAUGGCCAUGGGCACCCUGAUCUCAGAGCUGGUGCAGGCCAUGCGCUGGGACUGGGCCUCAAGCAGACUGGGGCCCUCGGCACGCUCCUCCUGUUCCAUCUUCCAGCCUCAGCUGGCGGAUGUGGGCCCAAAGCUGCCACCUGCCCAUGCCCAGCCCUCCCUCAGGAGGUCAAGGCGGUUCCGCCCUCGCUCCGAAUUUGCAAGUGGCAAUACCUAUGCCUUGUACGUGCGGGAUACGCUGCAGCCUGGGAUGCGAGUGCGGAUGCUGGAUGAUUAUGAGGAGAUCAGUGCCGGGGAUGAGGGCAAGUUCCGGCAGAGUAACAAUGGAGUGCCCCCUGUGCAGGUGUUAUGGGAGUCGACAGGCCGCACCUACUGGGUGCACUGGCACAUGCUGGAGAUUCUGGGCUUUGAGGAAGAUAUUGAAGACAUGGUCGAGGCUGAUGAGUACCAGGGGGCAGUGGCCCGUGGAGCCCUCGGUGUAGCCUUGCCCUCUUGGCGGUGGAAGCCCAUGACAGAACUCUAUGCUGUGCCCUACGUGCCGCCUGAAGAUGAAGACACAGAGGAGAGUGAACACCUGACCCAGGCUGAGUGGUGGGAGCUCCUCUUCUUCAUCAAGAAGCUGGAUGGACCUGACCAUCAGGAGGUUCUCCAGAUCCUCCAGGAGAACCUGGAUGGAGAGAUUCUGGAUGAUGAGAUCCUGGCUGAGCUGGCCGUGCCCAUGGAGUUGGCUCAGGACCUACUACUGGCUCUGCCACAGCGACUUGAUGACAGCGCUCUCAGGGACCUGCUCAACUGCCGUGUCUACAGGAAAUAUGGGCCUGAGGCCCUGGCAGGACAGCCAGCUUACCCAUUCCUACUGGAAGCCCAGGCCCAGCCUCAGGAAUCAGCAGAUGCAGCCAGAGUGGAAGUGGCCAACUCUUGUGACGUGCCCCUUCCUUUAGCAAAAGAACGCCUGUCUCAGUUCCCUGACACUCCCCUGCGGUGUCUGGUGGAGGGUUAUGGUCCAGCUGGGAAAAUCUUCCUGGAUUUGGAGCAGGCCCUCAGCUCAGAGGGGACCCAGGAGAGUGAGGCCAAGCCCUUACUGCUGCAGCUACGGCAGCAGCCCCAGCUCUUCCUGGCACUGAUGCGGAGCCUCAACACUCCGGCAGCCAACAGGGCCCUGCACCUGGCUGUUCUGAGAAUCCUGAUGCGGCUCGUAGGCUUUCCUGAGGCUCUGCUGCUCCCCUGGCACGAGGCCAUGGACGCCUGCAUGGCCUGCCUGCGGUCACCAGACACAGACCGGGAGGUGCUCCAGGAACUGAUCUUCUUCCUGCACCGCCUGGCUUCCGUGAGUAGAGACUAUGCCGUGGUGCUGAAUCAGCUGGGGGCCCGCGAUGCCAUCUCCAAGGCCCUGGAAAAGCACCUGGGAAAGCUGGAGCUGGCUCAGGAGCUGCGGGACAUGGUGUUCAAAUGUGAGAAGCAUGCCCACCUCUACCGGAAACUCACCACCAACAUCCUGGGAGGCUGCAUCCAGAUGGUGCUGGGCCAGAUUGAAGACCACAGGCGAACCCACCAGCCCAUCAACAUCCCCUUCUUUGACGUGUUCCUCAGACACCUCUGCCAGGGCUCCAGUGUGGAAGUGAAGGAGGACAAGUGCUGGGAGAAGGUGGAGGUGUCCUCCAACCCGCACCGGGCCAGCAAGCUGACCGACCGCAACCCCAAGACCUACUGGGAGUCCAACGGCAGCACCGGCUCCCACUACAUCACCUUGCACAUGCACCAGGGCGCCCUCAUCAGGCAGCUAACUCUGCUGGUGGCUGGUGAAGACUCGAGCUACAUGCCGGCCAGGGUUGUGGUGUUCGGAGGCGACAGCACCAGCUCUCUUAACACAGAACUCAACUCGGUGAAUGUGAUGCCCUCCGCCAGCCGGGUGGUCCUCCUGGAGAACCUGAACCGCUUCUGGCCCAUCAUCCAGAUCCGCAUAAAGCGCUGCCAGCAGGGUGGCAUCGAUACACGCAUCCGGGGGUUAGAGGUCCUGGGCCCUAAGCCCACAUUCUGGCCAGUGUUCCGGGAGCAGCUGUGUCGUCACACUCGUCUCUUCUACAUGGUUCGGGCACAGGCCUGGAGCCAGGACAUAGCAGAGGACCGCAGGAGCCUCCUGCACCUGAGUUCUAGACUCAACGGGGCUCUUCGCCAAGAGCAGAAUUUUGCUGAUCGCUUCCUUCCUGACAAUGAAGCCGCCCAGGCGCUGGGCAAGACCUGCUGGGAGGCCCUGGUCAGCCCCCUGGUGCAGAACAUCACCUCCCCUGAUGAGGAUGGCAUCAGCCCCCUGGGCUGGCUGCUGGACCAGUACCUGGAGUGCCGGGAGGCUGCCCACAACCCGCAGAGCCGUGCGGCAGCUUUCUCCUCACGCGUGCGCCGCCUCACCCACCUGCUGGUGCACGUUGAGCCCUGCGAGGCGCCCCCUCCUGUGGUGGCCACUCCUCGGCCAAAGGGCAGAAACAGAAGCCAUGACUGGAGCUCCCUGGCUACCCGGGGGCUUCCCAGCAGCAUCAUGAGAAACCUGACCCGCUGCUGGCGGGCUGUGGUGGAGGAGCAGGUGAGCAGUUUUCUGACCUCACACUGGUGGGAUGAUGAUUUUGUGCCACGCUACUGUGAACACUUUAGUAAUCUGCAGAAGUCGAGCUCCGAGCUAUUCGGGCCGCGGGCGGCCUUCUUGCUGGCGCUGCAGAAUGGCUGUGCUGGUGCCUUGCUGAGGCUCCCUUUCUCCAAAGCUGCCCACGUGAGCGAGCAGUUUGCCCGGCACAUUGACCAGCGGAUCCAGGGCAGCCGGAUUGGGGGGGCCCGGGGAAUGGAGAUGUUGGCACAGCUGCAGCGAUGCCUGGAAACUGUCCUCGUUUUCUCUGGCCUGGAGAUAGCCACCACCUUUGAGCAUUACUACCAGCACUACCUGGCGGACCGUCUCCUGAACGUGGGCUCUGGCUGGCUGGAGGGGGCCGUGCUGGAGCAGAUUGGCCUCUGCUUCCCCAACCGCCUCCCCCAGCAGAUGUUGCGGAGCCUGAACACUUCCGAGGAGCUGCAGCGCCAGUUCCACGUCUACCAGCUCCAGCGACUCGAUCAGGAACUCCUAAAGCUAGAGGACACAGAGAAGAAAAUCCAGGUGGGCCAUGCAGCCAGUGGCGAGGAGCAUGACCCAGAGAAUGAAGGGGAAGCUGAGGAAGGGGGCGCCACAGCGCCAGCAGCCACGGAGGAGUUGGGGGAGGAGGAGGAGAACGAGGACCUCUACUACGAAGGGGCCAUGCCAGACGUGUCUGUACUGGUCCUGUCGCCACACUGCUGGCCCACUGCCUCCAUCUGCCGUACCCUGAAUCCCAGAACCUGCCUGCCCUCCUACCUCAGGGGCACUUUGAACCGAUACUCCAACUUCUACAACAAGAGUCAGAGCUACCCUGUCAUGGAGCAGGGCCCGCAUCGGCGGCUGCAGUGGACGUGGCUGGGCCGGGCUGAGCUGCAGUUCGGGGACCAGACCCUGCACGUGUCCACCGUGCAGAUGUGGCUACUGCUUUAUCUCAACGACCUGAAGAUGGUCUCUGUGGAGAGUCUGCAGGCCCUCUCAGGGCUCUCUCCAGACAUGCUGAAUCAGGCGAUCGGGCCUCUCACCUCAUCAAGAGGCCCCCUGGACCUUCACGAGCCAAAGGAUGUCCCAGGAGGGGUGCUCAAGAUUCGAGACAGCAGCGAGGAGCUCAGGCCAAGGAGGGGCAAUGUGUGGCUCAUUCCACCUCAGACAUACCUGAGAGCUGAGGAUGAAGAGGGCCACAACUUGGAGAAGAGACGGAACCUUCUGAACUGUCUCAUCGUCCGAAUCCUCAAAGCCCACGGGGAUGAAGGGCUGCAUAUUGACCAGCUUGUUUGUCUGGUGCUGGAGGCGUGGCAGAAGGGCCCGUGUCCUCCCCAAGAUUUGGUCAGCAGCCUGGGUUGGGGUUCUGCCUGCAACAGUACCGAUGUCCUCUCCUGUGUCCUGCACCUCCUGGGCAAGGGCACAGUGAGACGCCAUGAUGACCGGCCCCAGAUGCUGUCCUAUGCAGUCCCCGUGACUGUGAUGGAGCCCCACACCGAGUCGCUAAAUCCAGGCUCCUCGGGCCCCAACCCUCCCCUCACCUUCCACACCCUGCAGAUUCGCUCUCGGGGUGUGCCCUAUGCGUCGUGCACCAGCACCCAGAGCUUCUCUACCUUCCGGUAGCCCUGAGAUUAGGCCAGGGCUAGGUAGGGCCGGGGCUUUCCACAGAAAUAAAAUGCAGGUGUUUGA